AUGGAGAGCUGGGCGAUGCUUCUAGCGGAAAACUCGGGAGGUGCAGUCGCGCCCGACCUUGGAAACCCAACAGAUGGAAAGUUCGACUACCCAAGCGAGGACAUUCAUACUAGAGAGGCUGUCGAAGUGCGCCGGAAAGCGGAACGAAACCUUGACAAAUUUUGGAGAUAUGUCGACAAUGCUUUCCGCAAGCGGACGGGCUAUUCCCAACACGUGGUCAUACGUAGAAUACUCGAUGAAGGUGGCGCAAUGCGAAGGACAGCUCCAUGGCAUGACCCGAAAGCGCAUGGUGAGUUGCCAACAUCACCCAUCACGUUCGAGUAUCAGGCCAUGUCCGAGAUCUUCCAUGAUGCAACGAAAGAGAUAACCGGAAACUUCAACCGUCUUGCCGUUGCAGGAAAAACCAAAACAAAGACACAUGGCGUUAUGAAUGUUACGGCCAGGGGUGGGGGUGUCAAUCCAGAUGCGCAUGAGCAACCGGUGGUCGUGUCGAAACCAUUGUACCAUGUCGGCAAGGACGCCUACAUCGUGAUCAAGGCACUUUUCCAUAUGCCAAACGACAGCGAACCCCCGGGCAAGAUCCGCUGGGACCAGCUUGUGGCUACGCUCACCAAGCUUGGAUUCGCCGUCGAGAAGCUUCACGGGUCUGCGUGGCAGUUCACACCAAAGAAACUGAACUUGCCACGCGGUAUCCAGUUCCACGAACCUCAUCCGAGCGGGGAAGUGCCGUUGACGUUGGCCAGACGGUAUGGACGUCGACUAACUCGUGCGUACGGAUGGGAAGCAGCGAUGUUCAAGCAGAAGUAA